UUCGUUAUUGAACACGAUUACACGAACUUUCAUUCAUACUUGAUACUAAACUAAUCAGAGAUCAGAGUAAUUAUUGUAAUUUAUUAUGGAAAUUUUUUUAUUGUUACGAGAUCUUUUCAUAAUUUUCAUAUCUACAUGAAAUAUAUAUUGAGUAAACGGUUAUCGAUCCAUAAAUUCAAUGUUCAGCUUCUGUUGUUAUAAAAUUUCAUCUUUUCUCUAAACGCCGGAUAACUUAACCUAUUUCAGGUUAAACUGUCUUGUUUAUUCUCUUGAUUCCAAUGAAUUUGGCAAUAAUUAAUGAAUAAUAAUCACUGACAAUAUCAAAAUGGAGUUAUUAGUGCUUCUCGAAUAUUUUAUUGCCACGGCUAUAAGAUUUUGGCUGAGCAAAUCUGAUUAUAACAAGCUUCUAGCUGAUAGGGUUGAAAUAUCAACACCACUAAAUUCAUGGAAAAGAGUUACCGAAGGAGCUGCUUUGUAUAAUGUUGGAACAAGUCCUUAUUUAGGGGAUAUGUUCCAUGAUAAUCCUCUCUGGUUGAUAGCUUUCAACUGGAUGCUUCGAAAUGUUCCUCAAUACAUCACAUACAUAUUCAUCUUCAGUGACAUGAUAACUGCUCAUCUACUCUUCUUGACGGCUCGAAAGUUUGUUGGAAACCUGUUGACGAAGCAAAUAAAUGAGCAGAAAAACUAUGCCAAAGUGAGUCGACAGCUGUUGGUGAGUCCAGAAGACGUAAGAAUGGCGCCUAUAUUCGUGGUAACCGCUUACUUAUUCAACCCUUACACAGUACUCACAUGUGCAGCUCAUGCCACAACAGUUUUCGCUAAUCUAUUUUUGGCCAUCAUGUUGUAUGCAACUGUCAAAGGUCACAUCCUGAUAUGCUGUUUGGCUUUAGCGCUGUCUGCCCAACAAGCAAUGUAUACUGUGAUAUUAAUCGUUCCCAUUUGUAUGUACUUGGCUCAAGGCAAAACUAAUAAGACACUUUUUAUGGCAAUGAUAGCUACUAUUUUCUCCACAAUUCUAUGUGGUCUCAUCUACUUGUCAUACCGCAUAGUUGGCUCAUGGGAUUUCAUCUAUGCAACUUACGGCUUCAUCUUGACAGUGCCCGAUCUGCGACCGAACAUAGGCCUGUUCUGGUACUUCUUCACGGAGAUGUUCGAGCACUUCCGCGUGCUGUUCCUGUGCGCAUUCCAGAUGAACGCAGCCGUGCUAUACCUGGGUCCGCUUGCCUUCCGUCUGCACGCAGAGCCCAUGCUGUUGGCCACCAGUCUCAUCACGCUCAUCGCCAUAUUCAAGUCGUAUCCGGCGCUAGGCGAUGUCGGCUUCUACCUAGCGCUGCUGCCCAUGUGGAAGCAUCUCUUUCAUUAUAUGCAACAAGGAUUCAUUGUGAGCUGUUUCUUUAUUAUUACAUCGGUGCUUGGACCAACUGUUUGGCAUUUAUGGAUCUACAAUCGAUCGGCGAAUGCUAAUUUCUACUUCGGCGUCACUCUAGCAUUUGCAACAGCUCAAAUAUUCCUUGUUACCGAUCUCCUGUUUGCAUACAUCAAACGAGAGUAUGCUGUGAUGCAUGGCCUUCCGAGAACAAUAGAUGGAAAGGAAGCAAAGCUUGUGUUGGAAUCGUCAAAUUUUGAAUAACAAUGAUAUUCCAUUGUUAAGUCUCGAUUUGUUACUAAAAUUCCAAUAUUGUUGGGACAUCAAAGAGAAUAGACAGACCCUUAAAAAAAGUCCAGUGACAAAAUUCAAGUUUAGUGCAUUUGUCAUGUAAUAACUGGCUACAAUACUCUGUAUAGAAUAAAGCUAUUCUCUUGGUGUGCCAAGUAUACCUACCUAGUGGGCGACUGAAAAAAUAUACUGAAAAAAGCGAGUUUAUAAUCGUGUUUGGUUAUUGGUGAUUUGCUUCAGCUGGAAAUCAGUGCAACGAUUCAUGUGCGACAUGUAUUAUAUUGCUGAUCUAUCUUGUUUUAAAUGUAAUUGUUAUCGACACGCCGUGGCAAGUCACACGGCGCCAACUCACUAUAAAUCACUUGAAACACUCACAUAAUCACUUGAAAUAAGUUGUUCUUUCGCAUUCAUUCGAAGAAAUGUAAACGUAGAUAUACUAGCUGUACAAAUAGUGCUGAGGAUUUGGACAUUAUUCCAGAGUACACUCUAUGACUCUUACUAUAUAAUAAUUAUUUCAUUAGAAUUACGAUAAAUGUAUAUAAAACCAUUUUGUACUUUUAAAUUAUUAGUGUAAAGUCUAGUUGUAAUGCUUGUCUUUUCUGUUAAUCUUAUUGUAAUUUUUGUAAUAAGCAAUACUUGGUAAUAAAAUUUCCUUGAGAACUG